CACGAUGGGAGACGAGCCAGUACACACCCGAGUGACAUAUAAUGAUGUACACAACCUCAUCAAGAAUUCAGCUAAGAAGAUCGAAGAAUUCAAGCCUGACAUGUUCAUAGCCAUUGGCUUCUUCCCUGCUCGUGUACUUCGGACAUUCCUCAAGCACCGCGACACCAAGAAGAACAUCCCUAUCUACGCGAUUGGACUUUCGCUAUACGAAGAACUCCCAGGCACCACCGCAGAGCAGAUCGGUGCCCAGGUCAUUCGAACGCAAUGGCUGGGACCGGAGUCGAGCAAGCUGCUCCUCGGCAGGAGAGCUUUAAUUAUCGACGAGGUUGAUGAUUCCCGGAAGACUCUUCAAUAUGCCGUCUCAGAGCUCCAAAAAGAUGUUGAGAAAGAGCUGUUAGCCCUUCCCGAGAGCGAGCGUGAAGCUUCGAGGACGCAGUUCGCCGUGUUCGUUGUUCACAACAAGCGGAAACCGAAGCUCGGCGAAAUUCCCGCCGGUGUCCCGUACUACGUGGGCGACGAAGUAGACGACGUAUGGCUUGAUUACCCAUGGGAAUCGAGUGACAUCGAAGAGCACGAUCGCCUUGCUGCAGCUGAAAAGGCUGAAAAGCGAAAAUAGCCCGUCACGGGGUGUGAAGUAGAAUGUUGUAUUAGACAAGGGCUGGUGGCGGAAGAGAAAUGGGUGUAAGAUCGCUAUGAUUGGCUGUAUCGUGUAUAGCCUGUGAGCCACCCUCGGGGCGUGUUAGACGAGGGAACGUGUACUAUCGAAACUAUGCCUGUGGUGAGCGCGAAUGCCC